ACCACAUCCUGACUCAGAGUGAUGCCUUCACUGUCUCAUUUGUUCCAGUCAGACACGUCAGAGACGUGAAGCUGCCGUCCUCAUGGCGUCUGGUCCUCAGUUCCUCCUCCUGCUGCUGCUGCUGGGGGGGGGCGGCACGGCCUCCACAGCGGCGGCGUCUCGGUGCGACGUCCACUGCUCCACCGACUACGUCCGGUCCGUCAACUGCUCCUGCUCAGUGACGCUUCCCGUCCGGGUCCACGUCAACUGCAGUGGCGAGGACCAGAACGUGGUCGGCAGCUGCGCCGUGGCUCCGCCCCGGUCCUGGUGCCUGGUGCUGAUGGAGGACCUGGAGGAGGUGGCCUCUGUGGGAACCAAGUGUUGGACAACCGUCAGUGGGCCGGACGGUGAAGCCCUGGAGAAGUCCGACUGGCAGCUGGCGGACUGGGUGAAACCGCCGGCUCCGACUGACGUCCGCGUGACGGACGCAGGACGGUCCGCCAACGUCACCUGGAGCCACGCCGGAGACGACGACUGUCUGGAGUACAACAUCUGCGUCCGAGAGGCCAGCGAGCAGCGAGAGCCUCCAGCUCGCUGCUUCCAGCAGCAGCAGCAGCGCCUCCUGCUGGACGGCGGCCUCCUGCAGCUGCGUCCGGGCGCCGCCCUGCUGGUCCGGGUCCAGGCCCGGUUCUGUGAGACCCACUUCGUGACGGGUCCGUGGAGCGAGUGGAGCCCGGCGGCGGCGUGGAGCCCGGCGGGGGAGCGAGGCCCGGCGGGGGAGCGGGCGCCGGCGGCGGCCUGGUGCUUCGUCUCGCUGCCCGUCGUCGUCCUCGCACUCUUCCUGCUGGCGUUCUUCCAAAAACCGUUUUUGCAGAAGAAACUGGAACUCGUCACCUUCGUCCCGAAGCCGGAUCACUUCUUCAAACCGCUGUACCAGAACUACCGAGGGAACUUCAAGGACUGGGUCAAGCCUGUCUUCAGCGAGGUGGAUUACUUCCGUCCGGCGCUGGACGAGCCGCUGAGGGGGAGGCGGCCCGACGUCCUGCUCUGGAGCUGCGAGGAGGUGCUCGAACCGGUGGCCCCGCAGGACCGGGAGGGGGCCGGACCAGAGGGGACCGGCCUGUCCAUCCACACCGUGACCCUGUCCGGAGAGGACUUCCAGGAGGACGGGUCCCUGAGGAGCUUCUCCGAGGGGGAGGAGCCCCGAGGAGGCGCCAGAGAGCAGGCGCCGGAGGAGCAGGAGGAGGAGGAGGACUUCCCCUUUCGGCUGGACGAGGCGGAGCGGGCGUCGCUGGACUCCUUCGCCUCCGGGUCCCGGCGCUCGGAGGACGGAUACCCCCACGUGGACCUGGACACCAUCGACAGCGGCUUCGGGGAGUGCAGCAGCCCAGACGCCGUCCGGGCGGAGCAGGGCGGGGUGUUCGGCGGGUGCAGCGGCCCGGACGCCGGCCGGGCGGAGCCGGGCCGGGUGGAGCCGGGCCGGACGGAGCCGGGCCGGGUGGAGCCGGGCCGGACGGAGCCGGGCCGGGCGGAGCCGGGCCGGACGGAGCCGGGCCGGGUGGUGUUCUGCGGGCAGCAGCAGUCCAACUACGUCAAGCAGUGGAUGAUCGGCAGCGUGGUUCCGGAGGACCGCGGCGAAUCGGACGAUGGACUCCAGGAGACGCAGACCCUCACAGACCCAGGCUGCUGACCAUGGAACCGGUUUGAACCGGAUUGGUUUAGUCCAGUCAGCGGCUGUGUGUCCUUCCAGGAGCGUCUUACAAACAAUGUCAACAACCAAUGAAACCUGGUCCAAUGACUUCAGAAACCAUCAACAGGUGACAGGACCAGGACCAGGACCAGGACCAAGUCCAGGACCAAGUCCAGGACCAGGACUAGGAACAUGAACAGAUCUGAACAAGGAACUUUUCUUCACUGUGGAAGCAUUGUGCGCCAUAUUGCCAUGGAGACAUGAUGCUCUGCGUGUUGCCAUGGAGACACCAUGCUUUGCUUGUUGCCAUGGCGACAUGAUGCUGUGUCUGUCACCAUGGAGAAACAAUGCUGUGUAUGUCGCCAUGGAGACACGAUGCUCUGCAGGUUGCCAUGGAGACACGAUGCUGUGCGUGUUGCCAUGGAGACAUGAUGCUGUGCGUGUUGCCAUGGAGACACGAUGCCGUGCAUGUUGCCAUGGAGACACGAUGCUGUGCAUGUUGCCAUGGAGACACGAUGCCGUGCGUGUUGCCAUGGAGACACGAUGCUGUGCGUGUUGCCAUGGAGACAUGAUGCUGUGCAUGUUGCCAUGGAGACACGAUGCCGUGCAUGUUGCCAUGGAGACACGAUGCUGUGCGUGUUGCCAUGGAGAGAAGAUGCUCUGCACUUUGCCAUGGAGACAUGAUGCUGUGCGUGUUGCCAUGGAGACAUGAUGCUGUGUGCGUCAUCAUCCUCUGCCAUGCUGCAGCUCUGUUCUUUCAGCUUUCGUCAUGUUUUCCACUCUUCCUCCAGCAGUCAGAGAAUCCAUGCUAACUCGCUAACUCGUGCUAAUCAUGAAGAUAAACUGUAAAUAAUGUUUUAGGUGAUUCUGUUCUGUAAUGUCGAAAAACUGAAGCACUCAGUUAUGAAAUGUUAAAAAUCUUCGAUGUAUCAAAUUUAGAAACAUUCUACUUCGAAACAAUGAGAACAGCGAGAACACUGACAGCGUACCUCAGUUGGUCUGUUUUGCACUUUCUGACCAGGAGAAACUUUUCUCUGUUUUACAUCCUGAAAAUGUGAUUUUUUUAACAUGUCCUGUGGAGAGUUCGUGCUGCGGGUCCGUCCAGAUGUUUGCACCAUGCGGGGUUUCAGUGUCGGGUCUGACCGCAGCGUUUCUGGAUGUUUCUUGCUGUUGGUGCAUCUUUGUUAAGAAAUUCUCAUGUUCUUCUUCUGCAUUAAAAGAACAAAGAACC